AUGGCGACACCAAAGAUUAAGUUGUAUACGAACCAUCGUUGCCCAUGGGCUCACCGAGCACACAUCUCUCUUGCCGAGCUCGGGCUGCCGUUUGAAGAAGAGAUCAUUGACUUGAGCACCCCCCGUACUGCCGAGUAUCUAAAGAUCAACCCUCGGGGUUUAGUUCCGUCUAUUGAGUAUAACGGAGAGAUCCUCACCGAGUCGGGUAUUAUCUCCGACUUCUUGGCUGACGCUCACCCGUCUCAUCUUAUCCCGGUUUCAAAUGCCCCUGGUGGAGCCUUGCAGCGUGCUAGGAUCGCCUUCUUCGUCGAUACUUUCAUCUCAAAGGUGAACAGUAACUUCUUCAAGGCCUCAUUCGCCAAGAACGAUGAUGAAGUAGAAGGCUUUGUCAAAGAGUACGUCAAUGCAGUCGUGAAGGAACUCGAGCCCCUCCUCGCCAAUGCCGCAUUUUUUUCAACGGCAGCGACAAGCUUACGCAGGCCGAGCUUCAUCAUACGACUUUUCACACUACCAAAGCAUGGUAUCUUGCCUGCGCAUAUACUCACCGAUAUCUCCUCCAAGGCCCCUAACUUUUAUAAAUGGGGAGAAGCUGUUUCCAAGCAUCCCAGCGUGACAGGAAUAUAUAACGAAGAAGACAUCGUGAAGAGUACGAAGGAGAGACUGGCUAAACUACGAGCGGCUUGA